AUGCAGCCCACAUUUAGGAGGUCAAUUGAAACUAUUAGUAGAUACUUCAAGGAGGUAUUAUAUGCUGUUGGUGAGCUACGAAAUGAGAUGAUAAAACCACCACCAACCGAGACCAAUUUGAAAAUUUCAUCCAAUGGGAGAUUCAACCCUUAUUUCAAGGAUUGCAUUGGUGCAAUAGACGGGACUCAUGUGCUUGCUCGAGUACCAGCUGCAAUGUCUACUGCCUUUAGGGGUAGGAAGAAGGAAACAACCCAGAAUGUAAUGGCUGCAGUGGAUUUUGGCCUUAGAUUUACCUAUGUACUUGCUGGGUGGGAAGGAUCUGCACAUGAUGCCCUCAUACUUGCAGAUGCCUUGGAAAGGGAUGAUGGUCUUAGUGUCCUAGCAGGGAAAUACUAUCUCGUUGACGCUGGAUAUGCUGCUAGACCGGGGUUUCUUCCACCAUACCGUGGCACUAGAUACCAUUUGAAGGAGUUUGAUAGCAGAAACUAUCCUCGCAAUUCGAGAGAGUUGUUUAAUCUAAGACAUUCCUCUUUAAGGGUCACAAUCGAGCGAGCAUUUGGCGCCCUCAAAAACCGCUUCAAGAUACUAUAUAGCAAGCCUUUCCAUCCAUACAAGACCCAAGUCAAGUUAGUUCUUGCGUGCUGCAUACUUCAUAAUUGGAUACUUCAGUUUGGGAACGAUCAGCAUGUGCCAUUAGAGGCUGAAUGGCGUGCCAAUGAUAGGGAUGAAGAUGUCCUGGGUGACAUAGAGGAAGACAAUAGGGGAAUGGCACAAAUUAGAGAUGACAUAGCCACUGAUAUGUGGAAUAAUAGAGGGAUGGCUGAGGCUGGUAGUGGGAAUGGUGGCCAAGCAGAGGGUGUAAGGACUGACAAGGGGUUCAAGGAAGUUCACCUGAACCAAGUGGCUAGAUCUUUAUCUGAUCACUAUGGCCUUAACAUUAGUGGAACCCAGGUUUAUAACCAUCUUCGCAAAUGGCGUCAACGGUGGGUGCGUAUCACUAGGCUUAAAGACAUUAGUGGGGCUCUGUGGGAUGAUCAAAACUCAACAAUUGUCCUAGAAGAUGAGCACUACAUGGGACAUGUCAAGGAUCACCCUAAGGAUGCCGAGUUUCUCAAUGUGCCCCUUGAGAACUAUACACAAAUGACAGCCAUUUUUUCCAAUGGGCAAGCUACAGGAAAGUAUGCCAUGGGGUCAAAUGAAGCUCUCGGAAAACUUGCUGACAUGGCUGAAAGUGAUCUUGGUCCUCUUGAUGGGACUAUUGGGGAUGGUAUUGCUGGAGGAAGAGGAUCUAGCUCAGAUAGGAAGAGAAAGAGAACCCAUGCUGUUAACGAAGGUGAGGCUGCUCUUAUCACCAACAUGACAGAAUCUGUGCGUGAGGUGGCUGCAGCAAUACGUGCUACUGCUCAUACGGAGGUGCACCCUGAGCUGUCUGAUUCAAUGCUAAAUCUUCCUGGUUUUACAGAGGAUCAGCUAGAGCUUGUUCUAACUUAUCUGACUAACAACAAGGCAACAAGUCUUGUAUACAUUCAGAAGAACGAGGAGCGUCGUGCUCGCUGGGUUAAGAAGUACCUAGAGGAACAUCUCCCUGAUGAUGUGAUCUAA